AUGAGACGGGAGAUACUCAACACCGUUAUUAAGAGGACCGAGUCGAAGCUGCUGAAGGCACGGAUGAGGUUCCAUCCUCUCCCCGAUCCGAGUCGGGAGAGCAAGUUGCUCCUCAAAGAACAGAAGAAGAAGCUGUCAAAGAAGUAUGAGGGGCUCAUCACAACGCUUAUUAGUAGGUGUGAGGAGAGUGUCAUCACGAUAUCCGAGAAAGAUGCCUACAUCCUAAAGCUAAAAGACAAACUGAAGUCUGUCCUUGAAUACAACAAACUGUUCGCAGACGAGAAUGACCAGCUGAAGAACCAAUACUCCAACCUAGUGCAAUAUGUUGAGGAGUGCAAGACUGCUCUGAAAGGGGAAAGAGAAAGGAAUAGCGAGCUUGAGUCAAGGUGCAAGGAGCUAAGCGAUAGGGUCAAGCAGUUGGAUGUCCCUGACAAAGAUCGCGUGGAAACAGCAAUACCACUCGUAGAAGUGUGUAUGAGCUGCAGCAGCCGACAGAUCCUACUCACACAGGCGCGGGAACACACACACAGGAUGCAGCGAGACAUGCAAGCACUAAAGGAUGUGCUGUACAGAUUAAACGUCCAGCUGUCGAGAUACCAGGAGAAGCUCCGCGCCAACAUACAGAACAUGGCGACAGACAAGGUUGAUAAGUUCGACCUGGACUCUCUCAUCACCACCAGUCUUGGGUACAAAGGACCGGAAGUUGGCAACACUGACGAUGCGCAUUCGAAGAGUGGGACGGAAGACCAACAGCACACGUCCAGGGUUGUCGACCUUUCUGGACUAUUGAGUGCUCAGGCUUUGGCGCCUCUAUUCGACGCAUACCAAGAAAACCUACAAGAGAAAGACACCCUCAUUUUAGACUACGAGAAACAAUUCGAAAACAUCAACAAAAAAUCCAAAGAGAUCGUGUCCGAAAACAAAAGCUUACUCGAAAAGGUGACAGCCCUAGAAUCGGAGUUAGUACAAGUGAGACAGGGUUAUAAGAAGCUCGGGGUUGAGAAAGAGACAGGCGAUAUUGAGAGAGCUACGUUGUUAGAGAGAGCGGAACGGGCGGAGGCUAAGUUGAAAGAGGUUUACGAGUUGUAUGAAGAUAAGAUGGCAGCCAUGAUGCGCGAUUACGAGACGGUCCACCGCGAGUAUUUCACGCUCAAGCACGCGCUGGAAGCGUCGGACAGCAAGAUGGCCGCAAUGGAAACGCUGCGGGCCCGCACCGUGCCCGCUGACCUGCAUGAGCGCCGCCUCGACCACUGCAAGCGGUUGCUAGAAGAGUUGAAACACCAGUACAGCAUGGAAAAUGAGCGCAAGACCGAGCAAGUGACCAAGUUGCAGCAACAGUUGCGCGCCGCCGAAGAACGUUGCAGCAACGCGGAGAAAGAGCUGCAGACUGCCAACGAAGAACUUACUGCGGCGCUUAAAAAUGUCAGACUGUAUCGCAAAGCGGCAGUAAUUUUCCGACAUCGUAUGCGCAGCGCUGCGGCGCGCGCAACUAAAGCCAAGCGCUCCGUCAGUUCGCAACACGCCGAGCCGCUCAGGAUAGCUUUAGACACAUUGGAACGGAUCAAACGAGAGAAAUCAAGGUGUGUGAAAUCCCGCGCUCACUCGUCCCUCGAAGAGCUAGAGCGCCGCAUAGUGGAACAGGAGCGGCGCGCGAGCUCCGCCCAGAUCGAAUACAGACGCGAGCUGGAGCGAGCUAAUCUCGCGUUGGAGCACAAGGAGGGCAUCAUCAGGAGUCUCAUCGACAAGGUGGCUGAUGUGGAGGAGGUCAGGCUAAGUCAAACCAACGCGCACCGGCUGCAGGGCAUCGUGUCAGACUCGUCGCCGGAGCGGACUGCGUCCGACCGUCCGAACCGGACCGAUCGUCCGGACCGGACCACGGCUGACCGUCCAGACCGGGCCGGCGUUAAACUCGUGCCGGGCCCUGGCGGGUACUUUCAAGAGGAUCGGGGGAAAAAUAAGGGCAAUGGAUAAGGAUAUUUCGAGAAGAUACUUUAAUUCAAGAAAAAACGGGCAUCUCGCUCGUGGGCAUAGGGGCCCAUUUCUCAAAACUGAAAGUUACAAGUUACAAGCGGAAGUCUCUUUCCAACUACAGUACCGGUCAAAAAUUUAAGUUCACUCCUUGUUUUCAGUACAAUUGACUGCUU